GGCAAAAGCAGCCCCGCAAGUAGCGAGGUAAGAUACGGGAGGGUUUGUGUUCAUUUUUCUCGUAUCUUUUUCGCUAAUACACUCGCAUUCGAGGAAGAGUAAUCGUUUCUACAGUUGAUCCUUACGUAUCAUAUAAAUCAUACAUGUAAAAAUUGAAAUCGUGGAUUGCUCGUCGAGCAAAGUGAUAGGACGUUUGAGCGCUUCGCCCCUGGAGGGAUUACACGAAGAAACGACGAGCUCCACGGACAACGACGGAGAGCGAAAGAUAUUACCCGGGACCAAUGACGAGACGAUGAACGAGUUUUUAGCUCGUAAUUCAUAGUUCGAGAAUAAGAAGAAGGAGCCAAGGAAAAUCGCUGAGAAAAGGCAGCGGAGAUGGAACCUCGCCGUGUUUCCAUAUCGACGAGAAACAGAUAAGAAGGAUCUUGGUCGUUCGGUGGACAAUCUCGAGCCUCGAGCCCCGAAUUAUUUUCAUUCGUUAGAAAAUAAAACCAACCGAGCGAGUUUUCAAGAUGGGCAAGUGUUGCAGCAAACGACAAGAGCCUCAACCGAUCGUUUAUAAGAAAGCCGAGACGGGAUUAGUCUCGAAGCACAGCAAUGGCGGCUCGCUCGAUCGGUACACCGCUGAUCCAAACCAAAGAGGGGUACAAGCCAGAGCUGACAUUAUACGACCAAGACCAACCCCCUGUAAGCUACAGCAUCAACCACGUAAAACAAGCUCACCCGUCGUUGUGCCUGCAUCUCAUUCGCAAAGGGCGAACAAGGUUGUUGUUGCGCUUUACAAUUACACGGCUCGCGAGAGCACCGACGUUAGUUUCGUCAAGGGCGAUCGUAUGGAAGUUCUGGAUGACUCGGAGCACGAUUGGUGGAGAGUGUUGCAUCUCAGGACUCUUCAGGAAGGUUUGAUACCCUGGAAUUUUGUGGCCGUUGAACGUUCAGUCGAGAGCGAGGACUGGUUCUUCGAGAACGUAUCGAGAAAAGAGGCAGGAAAGCUUCUCUUGGUCGAUGAAAAUCCCCGUGGAACGUUCCUCGUAAGACCGAGCGAGCACAAUCCGCGCGGUUACAGCCUCUCGGUGAAAGAUUGGGAGGAAGGCCGGGGACAUCAUGUCAAACAUUAUAAAAUCAAACCUCUCGAUAACGGCGGCUUUUUCAUCGCUACCAAUCAAACUUUUCCUACAUUACCGGCACUCGUUAUGGCCUACAGCAAAAAUGCCCUGGGUCUGUGUCACGUAUUAUCGAAACCUUGUCCAAAACCUCAGCCGGACAUGUGGGAUUUGGGUCCCGAAUUGAGGGACAAAUGGGAGAUAAAUCGUAGCGAAAUUCAAUUGAUCCGAAAAUUGGGUCACGGUAAUUUCGGUGAGGUUUAUUAUGGCAAAUGGCGGAACAAGAUCGAGGUAGCGGUAAAAACGUUGCGUCCCGGUACGAUGUCGACGGAGGCGUUUUUGCAGGAGGCAGCGAUAAUGAAGCAAUUCAGGCACCGGCAUUUGGUCGCGUUAUACGCUGUUUGCUCGAAGGAGGAGCCAAUUUACAUAGUGCAGGAAUACAUGUGCAACGGUAGCUUAAUCGAUUUCUUACGUACCGGCGAUGGGAAAUACAUGCAAUUCGAGGAUUUGAUUUAUAUCGCUGCACAAGUAGCUUCCGGUAUGGAGCACUUGGAAUCGAAACAAUUGAUACAUCGGGAUUUAGCCGCGAGGAACGUUCUUAUAGGGGAGAAAAAUCGUGCUAAAAUCUGUGAUUUCGGUCUGGCAAGGGUCAUCGAAGAUGAUGAAUAUUGUCCUAAACAAGGCAGUCGAUUUCCGGUCAAAUGGACCGCGCCGGAAGCCAUUGUUUAUGGACGUUUCAGCAUCAAAUCUGAUGUCUGGUCUUAUGGUGUUUUACUCAUGGAACUUUUCACCUAUGGACAAGUCCCCUAUCCUGGUAUGCAUGGACGCGAAGUUAUCGAACAAGUCGAGAAAGGCUAUCGAAUGCCCAAACCUCCUACUCAACCCUUGCCCGACACUAUCUAUCGUCUCAUGCUUCAAUGCUGGGAUUCCAGUCCUGAAAAACGUCCCACUUUUGAAUUUCUCAAUCAUUAUUUCGAAUCGUUUAACGUUACCAGCGAAAUACCUUAUCUCGAACCUCCGACAGACUGAUACAGGGCCCAUCUGCAUGGCCAUCCGUUACCCCAUGGACAUUUUCAUCCUCCUCAUAUUAAUUGUGCCAUGGAGUUUUAUGGUAUUUAUUGCUGAGCUCCGACUCUAUUAUUUUUACACUUUUUCAAACGUUUACCGUUUCACUUCCUCCCUCCCUCCCUCCCUCCCUUCUUUUUGCCCAACCCUCACCGCCUUUUUCUUAACGAUUUUUUACCAUUCUUUCCGGAUGAAACUUUUUUGAAAUCUGAUUUUUUGUGCUUGGCACGGUUGCCAAAAAUUUGUUAUCAUUCAUUCCAACUCUUAUAGAAUUAUCUUUAAAUCAAGUUUUUAUUAUUAUUGUGCCAAACGCGUUUCUUCAACCCUUUCUUCUACCAUCGUACCAAAUGGAUUUUUUUCUUUUCAUUCAUACUUGCCAGUAGAAAGAUCGCAGAGAGUUCAUUCCGAACAACGAAACAGAGAAUCUCGAUGAUCGUUUAAAGAAUUCGUUGAAAAUACUUUGGCACAAUCAUUGUGGAAAACCAAUUUUCCGAACGUACAAAAACGAUAAGAAUUUUUUCAAAUUUUUCUCAACCGACCAAGCACCAAAAUUCUGAGCUCAAAAAUUUUUCAAUAUCGAAUACGUGUCAAAAAUCGCUAACGAAAAAUUAGACAUAAAAAUAAAACUGAGUCUCAAAAACACUGCCAGAACGAAGCUCGUUCCUUGAGGAACCGGGACAAAUUUUCGUGUGCCAUUAAAGGGAAAAAAAAAAGCGAAAAGAAUCGAUUACGAGAGUUUUUAUGUAAGUCGCAAGAUUAAAACUUUUUCACGUAAACUCUUAACGGAACGGUGUAUUUGCACAGAAUAAAUUUGAAAAAAAAAACGAGCGCUCGAAUUGGCUACCGAAAAAAAAAAUUUGGGAAGCGCUUGUUGGUAAUACAAACUCGUUGAAAAGAACGGAGAAGAAAAGACUUUUUAAAAACAACUUUGCUCGAGAAAAGCGAACGAAAUAGAAAAACGAAAAAAAUUCGGAUUCAAGUGAAUCUGUAGCACAAUAAUCAGACCUUUGGAGUUGCGAGAAAAGAAAGAGGAGAAACAAUCUAGACCGGGAGAGAGCGAGAAAAAAAUCGUUUGGUUGUUGUCGGAUGUUUACCGGACCAUUUUCAGCUCAUUUUCCUCUUCUUGCGCUAUUAAUGGAAAUUGCUCGGCAAAGAAGCGAAGAAAAAAAAGUUAUACGAAAUUUAUUAAAUACAAUAUAACGACGAAGAAGGAUUUCUUGGAAAAAUUGUCGUCCCGGAUUUUCGAGACGAGGAAUAAAAAAGAAAACUACAAAAAAAAUUAAUAAAAAAACUGAGAGUUACUAAUUAUACGAAGUGUGCUGACGUGCGUGCGUAUGUGUGAUUCGUGCGGGAAUCUGAAAUGAUUUUUGUGUGAGUGUUUUGAAAUUCGAUGAGCGAGUGCGAAUUAUAUACUGUAGCGAGUAUAUUAGCGUUUUAUAUAUGUACAUAUAUAUCUAUGUAUACGUGAGGUAUUUCACGCGGAAGUUUGUCGGAAAAUUUUCGCCACGUUCGAAUUGGUACGCCGUUUUUUGAAUCGUGAAAAGGUAAUUUUUCGAAAAUACGUUAAUGUCGAGAACAAUGGAGGUUGUUACAGUUGUUGUUGCGCUUUUCACAAGGAAAGACAGGAAACAUUAUCCGAUUAAUUUAAUUUGAAAAAAGUCAUCUGAAUCAUAAAAUGGCGAAAAUUUUUUUAAACUGAACCCUCGUCGAGAUACUUUCGCAUGUAUAUAAACGUAUAUAUAUAUAUACAUAUAUAUAGAUUCCUACAAUUUGAUGAAAAAUAAUGAUAGAGGAGGACGUACAAGACGAGAAUUUAAGAUUAAGACUCAAGUCAUCGAUGUGUUUUACUCGUACAAAAAAAAAAAGAAGAGAGGAACAAAGGUGGAAAAAAUUGUAAAUUUUAUACUAAAUAGUAAGAAAAAGAAAAGACAGCA